GGAUUGCACCAAUGUUGUUGAUGCUACCAAUGGUGAUCUAUUAUACGCACCAUGAUUUUCUCGACUGUUCACGGUACGUCCACACCAACUCGUGUAUAACUAACUUUUUACAGAAACUACAGUUAUUUUGAAUUGUUUCAUUUCCACUUUUAUUCCGUUUCUUGAUAACUUCUGAAUUACUUUGAAAGAUGUUACCAAAUGCAUGUACUUAGUUUUGACGUUUCAAUUGCCAGGUGCCUUCUUCUUUUUGACCGACCAAAAGCCCGCAUGUAUGAUAAGGUAAGUUAGUUACAUCUCAAACAUAGAUUGUUUGUUUCUAAACCACGUCAAAUCAUCUGAUGAAAAAAUUUUGAGCGAAGCCCAAGGCACUUGAAUCAGUCUUUUGCGUAACCGUUUUUAGCCAAAACGUCCCAUGGCAAAAGAACGAGGGGAGCAGGGGAGGAUCUAGCCUCAUCUACAAGGAGGGUGCAGGUUUUCCAUGGGGUGGUGCAUGAGGGAGCCUUACUACCCACUCUCCUCUGCAGUCUGCAACGCUACUAUCCCAAUAUUACCAUUAUUCGAAUCUGCAUGUUCGCCGUUCUGUUAUACAUUUUACAUUUAUUGUCUUUUGUUUAUAAAGUUUAUAUUGGCUUUUUAUCACAUAUGCGUCAUGACUGGACAGUUGCUGUAGCACAGUACAAUAAAUUUGCUUUAUUUGAAAGUAUAUUUGAAAAUAUGGCUGUAUAAGGCUCUACAGUAUAUUUGAAAAUAUGGCUGUAUAACAACCUCGACAUGUUUACAUACUUAACCAUGAUAUUUAAAUAAAACGUUCGGAGUAUUUUCUUGUGAUCUUACAAAUGAAUUACCGUUUGAAGAAAUCGACACGCACUAAUAGUAGAAGUUCCCCUAAUCGCUAUUCGAAAAGCAGAAAAUGUAUAGUCAAGCAGUUUUUAGGGUGGUGUUGGACUUCUCUGGGGGGAGGAGGGGGGCUAGAAACCACAAGGUUGGAUGCGCACCCGCACGGUAGAUCCGCUGCUGGUGGGGAGAUGUUUAUGCAGAUCUUAAAAACAGCUGCGCAGGAUACUAUUAUUUUGGUGAUUUUUUAUCCAGAAGUCAAAAUGGCGAGUGUUUUUAUUCUUAACCAAUUUAAGUGCACGAAAUACUUUCGCGACGACUUUAACGCUUGUCUUGGAGGACGUACGCGCACUGUUUCAUUUCCAGUUGAAAAAUUUUCUCUGGCAAUUCAGACCCAACCCAAGCCAACUCAUGAGUUCGUCAUAGUGUUUUUUUUUGUCACUUUACCGUUGAAAGUUAUCUCUGGCAAAACUCAAUGUUCUCACAAUUUCAGCGGGGAUUUGAAGUGACAGAUACAAAUAAUUACGCAUGGAGAAACUAUGGUUCAAUUGUAUUGGUUAUUACUCUCGGUGUAUCUAUUGUUUUGUUGUUGGUAAGUAACAUGUACUAAUAUAUUCAACAGGGGUGGGAAAAGUAUUGGACCACGUGACCAUAGGUCCCAUAAAAUGUUUUGAGUUCCCAAAAAAAUAUUGUAAUAAUUGUAAUAGAGAUGAUUGUAAUAAUUUUAACCAGUACAAAGAAUGUUACCGCAUGACUGUCGGUAUGACCUCGGAAAUGCAAUUAUAAGUGCAUUCGUCUUAAUGGUGCGAUAGAUAAAUGUAUUGAUUAUAGAAUGAUGUAACAAUGUUGUAUGGCAAAUGCAUUUUUAGCCAAUCUGGGACACCAUCAAAAUUUUCUGGGGGACCAUGGAUCCUCUUAUAAUAGUGCCCCUUGCAGUAGUGUCCUGUUUUGGUAUCUGUAUUUAACUUAGCGUCAGACCCUUGAUGCAUGUUCUCUAAAUUAGUUAAAUAUAUUCCUGUAAGCAUUAUUAAGGCUCUCAGUGUACUGAAAAUAUUUUUAUAUUAAAUAUAACAUGGCAUCCAGUUUGACAACUUGUUGGUAAUAAUGGUAAUGGUAUAUAUACAUUUUUCCGAUCCUCUAGGUGUUGUAUUUUAUGGCAAUGAAAAAGUUCACAAAUCUUAUCAAACGGUCAGGUCUCCUGUCCAUUCAACAACGAGAAUUGAUCGAAAGCAACAAGAAAAGAGUUAUGUUGUAUAUUCUCGUAUUUUUCAUUUGUUGGUUGCCAGGUAGAGGAUUUAUCUAUUAAUUCUCGUGAGUUGCAAUGUAUGCGGUUAGGAUCAUUUUGGUAUUUUAAUUUAAAGUUGUUUUUAUUGUUUCUUUAUAAGCAUUCGUUGUGGCGUUCGUUGACUUGUUCACAGAAGAUCGAGGCUAUAGUUUCAAGAAAAUGUUUGUUGUCUUUUUAAUUGAGGUAUAGUGGUUCUGUAUUUAUCUUUGUGAAAUUCAUUAAUGAUUCAUGAGAAAACACAAACGAAAUCAUGUGAAGGAGUUUGUAUAUCUGAUACAGAAUCAUGCUGAUUUACAUAAACUUUAAGUUCAAUUUUCUCACCAAAUAUCGUUCAAUUAUUUUAAAUUGCGAAUUAUUUUAAAUUACGAAUGUUCUCAUCUCAAACUCAUUAAUAAUCCGUGAGUAAAUUAGCCAACCAUAUUGCUUUAUUUUGUUGACGUGAUCAAAUUCUAGGAUCACGUCCUAGGACUGGAUCACAAUUAAUUCGGUCCUUGGACUGGGUCAAAAUUAAUUAAGUAGUGAUUUAUUCGUAUGAGAUGUCUUUUCAAAUCCUCCAAUUCGGACUGGACUAGAUUUCAAGUCCUCGCAUUUCGAUCCAUGAAUGAUCCUUGAAAUCUCGUCCAGUCCUCGUAGUCGGAUUUGAAUAUUAUAUCAAGACGUUUCAUAAGCCAUUUCGGCUUGAAUUAUAUUCGUCCGUAUUGUGUCGGAUAUACAAACUCUCGCCUUCUGUUCGAGUUUGUAUAUCCGAUAUAACACGGCCGGCUCAUGUUGUAGAUAGUACUUUGCGUAAAUAUUGCACUAUACGAUGCAUUUAGCCUCCUCCGCAGGCAUCGCCUUUACAUUGGCGGGCAGAGAUGCCUGCGGAGAAGGCUACGAUGCAUUAUACAUCGGCUGUAUUUCCAUUGGCUUUGCGUUACGCCACUGUCCAGUGGACUGAUUUUACUUAAGCUAAAGAUAGCAUGAGCAUAGGGUCACGAACAAUAACAUACUUGGCAGGUUUGGUCAAUUUUGCGCUGACGUGCGAAUGAAAGCACGUGACGUCACGCUUACCAAAAAAUGUUAAUCGAAAAUUGACCAAACCUGCCAUGUAAUAACGUCACUGUAACUUUGGUCCACAGUUUUUACGUUAGUAUAUUGGAUUGGGGAUUAAGGUUAGAAGGAUAGGAAGGGAUGGGAUUAGGGUUAGACGGCAGGCCUUAAAAUAUCGGUCGGUCACGGACAUUGUCCGACCCAUUCGUGAAAUUGUCCGACGUAGAAAGGAAACCACCGGACAUUCUGUCCGACCAAGGUGAAACUGAGGUUUAUUGUUUGUCCGACCCGAGUGUAUUGGUGUCCGACCGAACUGUAGCUUUGUCCGACGUAAAUCAAAAUGUACCAUAGCCCAGGACUAGAGGCUUGUAUGUUAAAUGAAAAAUCAGAGUACUAUUGUAUAAAAGGUGAACUGGAAAUGUUGUUUUAAUUAACGUAGUCGAGCGCGGGGCGGCGAGCGAAAUGGUGAAGUGGAAGACGGGCUUACUUUGUCGAAGUCUUUUUUUAAUACUGCUGUUCUGGAAAGCAAGUUAAUUUUGGCUUGGAAAUAAGUACGAAAGGAACAAAUUAUUUAAUAUCUUUACAACAUUUACCAUUUAUUCAUUUGUGUCAUUCAGACUUAUUUCCGAGUCAAAACUGAACUGAAGGUCAUCGGACAUAUGUCCGACCCAAAUUCAACGUCACCGGACAUUUUGUCAGACGGCCCUGUAAAAGAUAUUUUAAGGCCUGCUAAGUUAGACGAGGAUUGGUGUUGGGAAUAUUGUUGCAAGUAGUGAUUGACCGAUUGUGCCACAAUUGGAGAUUACCGAUCACCGAUUAUUCAUGUAACAAUCUACCCGAUACCGAUUUUGUAACAACGAUGUCACAAUAUCAGUCGACCGAGUAAAGGUGACGUCAUUCAUUUCGAUUUUUAACUAUAAUUUCCGACGUAACAUGUUACUGCAACCAAAGUUCGUUAAAACCGUUCAUAAAUGGCACGUUUCGCGCACUAAUUUCGUCACGGUUACAUAUUGCAUUAAAACGCAACGUAUGAACGUGCAAUGUACAUAAUUUUUAAAGUACGUAUUUUCUCAACAAUCGGUUUUACCCAAUUAGAAAUACAGAUAAUUCUACCGAUUCCGAUUGUGUACCUGAUAAUCAAGGCAAAAAUCGGGCAGAUACCGCUUAUCAGUCAAUCACUAGCAGGCCUUAAAAUAUGCACAUGUAUAUGUACGUCGGUCCUGGCAUUCUGCCCGACCUAAGUGACACCGAGGUUUAUUGUUUGUCCGAUCCCAGUGAACUGGUGUUCGACCUAACUGUAACUUUUUCCAACGUAAAUCAAAAUGCACCCUAGUCCAACAGGCCUUAAAAUAUCUUUUCCAGGGCCGUCUGACAAAAUGUCCGGUAACGUCGAGUUUGGGUCGGACAUAUGUCCGAUGACCUUCAGUUCAGUUUUGACUCGGAAAUAAGUCUGAAUGACACAAAUGAAUAAACGGUAAAUGUUGUAAAGAUAUUAAAUAAUUUGUUUCUUUCAUACUUAUUUCCAAGCCAAAAUUAACUUGCUUUCCAGAACAGCAGUAUUAAAAAAGACUUCGACAACUUAAGCCCGUUUUCCACAUCACCAUUUCGCUCGCCGCCCCGCGCUCGACUACGUUAAAACAACAUUUCCAGUUGACCUUUCAUACAAUAGUAUUCUGAUUUUCCAUUUAACAUACAAGCCUCUAGUCCUGGGCUAGGGUACAUUUUGAUUUACGUCGGACAAAGCUACAGUUCGGUCGGACACCACUACACUCGGGUCGGACAAACAAUAAACCUCAGUUUCACUUUGGUCGGACAGAAUGUCCGGUGGUUUCCUUUCUACGUCGGACAAUUUCACGAAUGGGUCGGACAAUGUCCGUGACCGACCGAUAUUUUAAGGCCUGGUCCAAGACUAGAGGCUCGUAUCUUAAAUGGAGAAUUAGAGUAAUGUGUAAAAAGUGAACUGUAAAUGUGUAAUCAAGUGCGAGCUUUUUACCGUGGGGUUCGGAAAUUCAUUGCCAAGAUUCAAAUGACUUUUUCAAAUUGUGCUGCAUGAUAUGUUUUACUUGCACUUGAAUUUAACUGUCAUAUUUCGUCUCUAGGGUAUUUUCACUCCAAUGCAAGGCUUCUUCAACUCCUUGGUUUACGGUUGGACCAGAAAUUCAUUUCGUAGGAUUGGUGGGGAUAGAAUGUCAUGCAGAAGACCAUUGUUAUCUCCCGAUGGCUUCACCACUAGUAUGUAUGGGGCUAAUUCUGAGAGAGUUGGUUAAUCAAUUUUUGAUUGAAAAUUUGUAUAUAUCAAUUAAUGAGUAACAGAAAUGUUGCUAGAGUUAACUUGAAAUCUGCUGGGUGUCAAAUUGUCAAAUAUAUAAUUUUUCGGUUUAUGAAAAAUUAGUAUCUACUGUAUAAUUGAUUCGAUCAGUUAUAGGUCUUGUAGAUAGGAUACUUAAAAUUACAAUAUACAAUUAGUGCCGGAAAAUCCCAUGCUAUACUUUGGUGAGAAGACAUGAAUGUUGUGUCAAAUUUGUAAACACUACAAAAAAGUCCCGGUUAAAAGUUUCGUAGUUAAUUUAAAAUUAAUACUGUUCAGGGUAAUUUGAUGUUCCUGCAUGGUUACCAGUGGUGGGAAAAAUAGGCGAGCACUGUUCGCAGGAAAUGUUAGCUGCAGGAAAUUCGUUUGAAUGAAGAUUUACUAUUGAAAAUUUGAAGGAAACCUUAACACCCAUGUCCCACUAUGGGCGCAACAACAUAUGGUUGAUAGACAUUAUUCCUUGAAUUUAAAACUAUGGCCAGCUAGAAUAUUAUAUGUUUAUGCACGUGCAGAUUUAGCACAGAAAUAUUCCGUUGGUCUGCAGGAAAUUUUUGUCUCCAGGAUGUACUCCUAUAGGAAGAAACUAUUUUUCCUGUCCUGAUGGUUGCAUUUCGUGAGUAAUUUAACUACAUUCUUCUCUGGUUAAUCACAGUCCUGGCUAACAUAACCAGGAAUCGUGGUUAAAUUAGCCAGGACUAUACGAUCACGUUAACCAGGCACAUUAAGUUAUCCCAAACAGGGUUAAUUUUAGAUUAAUAGGAAUUUUUUUACCAAGGUGUCUUUACAGUGUAAACAUGUGAAAUUUCGAUCCUGCCCUCAGUAUAUGAAUUAAGAAUUGUCUGUAAUUCGAUCAGCUAUAUAGGUGUUAUAUACCUGUUGAUUAGUGAGAAAAUUUUAAGUCCUGUUUACACUUGCAAUUUUUGCAGUGAUUUCUAGAAGUGCGAAUUUCUUCUUCCGAUGCUAAUGAACGAGAAGAUGAGUUAUAAAUGAACCAGCUUUUGUAGUGUCGUGCAUGGUCACCACGCUUCACUCGUGAUCACCAAGCUGGGAGACCCGGAUUCAUGCAAUCCUUGGCCGGACCUCUACUCAAGAUCUUGAGGAGAGAGUGCUAUACCAUUGACAUCAGUAACUGGUUAGACUUUCGCGUCUUUUCGGAUAAGGACGUUAAAUCGUAGGCACAAAUGUUGGGAAAUCUGCUCACUGUUCUAUGUACCCUCGUCUGAACAUCUAACUCAUCUAUUGGUCCACACCCAUCAGACGAAAAUCCUAGCAAAGUUGCAAGUUAAUAAACGGGCUUGAACAUGUACGAAUGCUUUGACGUGUUGGUUAAAAUAUGUUGUGUGAAGUUGUGCAUGUGUAUUGGUCAUCGGAAACUGUAUAGGGUGUAUAAAAAAUACGAGCUUUAGAAAUCAAGCUAUUGUCGUUAAGCACAAGAUUUUAUGCUCCUGGGAAU